AUGGAAAACAUAUCACCAAGGACAACAACCACCCGAGAGGAGGGAGCGAUAACUGGCACGUUGGUGGAAGAGGAGGAAGAGGAGGAGGAGGGAGCGAUAACUGGCACGUUGGUGGAAGAGGAGGAAGAGGAGGAGGAGGAGGGAGCGAUAACUGGCACGUUGGUGGAAGAGGAGGAAGAGGAGGAGGGAGCGAUAACUGGUACAUUGGUGGAGGAAGAGGAGGAGGAGGGAGUGACAACUGGUACAUUGGUGGAGGAAGAGGAGGAGGAGGGAGAGAUAACUGGUACAUUGGUGGAGGAGGAGGUGGAAGAGGAGGAGGAGGAGGGAGUGAUAACUGGUACAUUGGUGGAAGAGGAGGUGGAAGAGGAGGAGGAGGAGGGAGUGAUAACUGGUACAUUGGUGGAAGAGGAGGUGGAAGAGGAGGAGGAGGAGGGAGUGAUAACUGGUACAUUGGUGGAAGAGGAGGUGGAGGAGGAGGCGGAGAGGGAGAUAACUGGUACAUUGGUGGAGGAGGAGGUGGAAGAGGAGGAGGAGGGAGUGAUAACUGAUACAUUGGAGGAGGAGGAAGAGGAGGAGGAGGAGGAGACAGGAGACCUGAUUAACACCAAGAAAGCUCCGGGGCGCUUCGCGGGUCGUUCCUGUCCGCUUUGCCCCAAGGUUGUGAUCGGCUUCAGUCAGCACCUGAGGUACACGCACAACGUGAGGAACACGGAGGAGAGGGUCCUCCUUUGUAAUUGGCGGUCGGGCCGUGUCAAUAUCAGGCAGCAGCCGUGUCCAGUGACGGGAUGCUCCACCCGGCUCAGCAGGCUGGAUCGACACAUGGAGUCGCACACAGAGCUCAACAGAUCGCAGAGGAGACGGGCUAUACAGGAACUGAGGAGACGGCUGACCAUGGAGCGGCUGGCCGCGUUGAGGGCCUCCAACCCUGUCGUCCCGCUGACCACCCGUUUGGAUAUUGUGGAGGGGGAAACGAAGCAGGAAGACCACUCUGUAGAUUUACCGCUUCCUCCUUUGAAAGAGGAAGAGGAGAAGAAGGACGUGAGCUGCAAAGAUUAUUCCUGCCACUGCCGAGCGUCGAUCCUGAGGCUGCGGAAAGCUUUGCAAGAGCGGGACGAGGCCCUGACAAAGAGAAGUGCGACCAACCAAUCCGUUAGAGAGGACAACCUGAAGCUGACCAAGAGAAGUGCGACCGACCAAUCCGUUAGAGAGGACAACCUGAAGCUGAUCUCUGAAUUGAAUAGAGUGAGGAAGAGGUACCAGCUACUGAAAAGGCAGAGUGUCAGGGCCAGAUCAGCAAAGGCCAGGUCAGCAAAGAGGUCCAGGUUUCAGCCCGAGCCGUCUCCUCCUACGUCAGACACAGAACAAGAGGAGCUGCAGCAGCACCGAGUCGUGGGUUCAGAGGCCCAGACAGAGGAAGCCACGGCGCCCGGAUCUAGCAGCCAAAGUCCCUUCCCGGGCUCUGCUCUGAGUGUGUUUAUAGAGGGGUUCAGGAAGACCUGUGAAGGCCCCAAUCCAAACAAUAAGCUGAAGCAAAAUUGUGCCGCAAAACUCAAGCCGGUGCAGCACUUUUUGAAGGACAUGGCGAAGGAUGAGAUUAAUCCAUCCACUCUCACUUUCCUGACAAACCAGGACAACAUGAGGAGAUGGUUCCAGACCCUUCAGAAGAACAUGGCCGUCACCACGGUCAACCACUACACCUCCACUAUCGGUGCGUUUCUCCAGUACUCCGAGGAGACCCCUCCGCCUGGCUGUCGGCUGACCAGAAACCACUGGAGGGAGAUCAACCGGGCGAUGAUGGAGAUUAACAAGUCCGUGAAAGGAUCAGUUGACAACAAGAAAGGCAAGGUGGUGUCUAUAAAGAGCCUAAUGAAGUGCCGGUCUCUUGCCAGGGACAAGAUCCCUCAAGUGCUGAAAACCUUGAAAGAAACAAAGACACAGACGAACCAGAACCGGUUUUACGGAUUCCUGUGCGCCUAUUUUACCUCCAUGUACGGCCACAGCCCGGGCCUUUAUAGAAACAUGAUGGUGAAGGAGGUGGAGGAGGUCCAGUGGAGCCUGUCUGGGGCCUAUCUGAUCAACGUGGGAAACGCAAAACAAAUGCAAACCACGAUCCAGAUGUCGCUGGAUAAAGAGGAGUACUCUUGGUUUACAGACUUCCUGAAAGUCAAGCGCAGCCUCCCGGGUGGAAAGAAAGACCAGUUCUUCUUUUUCAAUUCCACCAACACCGAGAUCAAAAACCUGCCCGUCUACCUGAGGGAGGCGUGGAAGGAGAUGGGCCUGCCUGACAGCCCUUCCUUCACUGACCUGAGGACUUCCGUCGUCAGUCACGUUAAAAACGUUCUCUCGAAUGCCGACGGGGAAAUGUUGGCCGACUUCAUGUGCCACGACAGCCAGAUGGAAGACAAACGUUACGCCACGAAUCCUUCCGGUGAGACCAGCGCCUUCCUUGAGACGGCGUCGAAGGGAGAAGAUACCGCGCCACGGGCACCGCCGGGGAGAACCAACCCUCCAGAGAAAGAAAGCGGAAGACGGAAGAGGACGACUCCGUCUCCGAGCGGACCCCUGAAGAGGUCGAGGUGCAGUACCAGGAGUCUGACACGUCCGCCGGGGAGGAGCAGAAACGGACGGCCGGACAAACUCUAGUAAAAUAAGAUCAUUCAGAGACGACGCAUUAGAUUACAAAGAUGCACUCGUACACCGUUUAACACUCAAGAACAAACAGAUUGAUACUCAGGCUUUGGGGGUCUCCUCAAACUGAGGAGUAUGUCGCCACUCGCCUCCCACUUUGUCACGCUGCAGGGGAUGAAGCAGCUGAGGUCCAUUUAAAGCCUCAAAACAGACUCCAGGAGAAAGAAGGACGAGGAAAGAGGGGGGUUGACCUCUGACAGUCAGAUGGAAGAGGGGGGUUGACCUCUGACAGUCAGAUAGAAGAGGGGGGUUGACCUCUGA